CGGUCAGUUUAAUUAAAGGAACAAAGGAAGGUAGAAGGAAAAGGACAUUCAUCCGCCGCGGAAUCUGGACCGUACGAUUCUCCGACAGCCGUUUCCCGGCUUUAACAUACGGGCAAAUCUGUAACUUACACUUCUUCGUCUGCUUCGAGAAUAUAUAAAUCGAGAGAUAAAAGAGUUUGAAGAGCAGCUAUUGAGAGAGAGAGAGAGAGAGAUGGCUAGUGGAAUCGCUCGUGGUCGUUUGGCUGAGGAGAGGAAGUCGUGGAGGAAGAAUCAUCCUCAUGGGUUUGUGGCGAAGCCAGAGACUGGGUCUGAUGGGUCUGUGAAUCUGAUGGUGUGGCAUUGCACUAUUCCUGGUAAAGCUGGGACUGAUUGGGAAGGUGGAUACUUUCCAUUAACGAUGCACUUCAGCGAGGACUAUCCAAGCAAACCCCCCAAAUGCAAAUUCCCACCAGGCUUUUUCCACCCUAAUGUCUAUCCAUCAGGAACAGUCUGUCUCUCCAUCCUUAACGAGGAUUCCGGAUGGAGACCAGCCAUCGCAGUGAAGCAGAUUCUUGUCGGUAUUCAGGAUUUACUUGACACCCCUAAUCCCGCUGACCCUGCACAGACUGAUGGUUACCAUCUCUUCAUUCAGGAUGCAGUUGAGUACAAGAAAAGGGUUAAGCUGCAGUCCAAGCAGUAUCCUCCCAUUGUCUAAAAUAACCUCAGAAGGGAACAAACACCAAAACUGAUGACAAAAACUUUGAAUCUUUUGUGGUCUUUGUGAUUUGUGUUUAAAUAUCAUCGGAUGACUGAAAACUCCUCAUUAUGGCACCUUUGAGACACUACUAUAAUCUCUUUUAUUUUUCAUAAAAGAAAAAAAAACUCUAUUUCUCUC